AUGUUGCCUUCGCAAGAAGCCUCCAAGAUUUACCAUGACAACUACAUGCGCAACUCCCGCGCCAUCGGGGUGCUGUGGGCGAUCUUCACCAUAUGCUUCGCCAUCGUCAACGUGGUGGUGUUCAUCCAGCCUUACUGGAUCGGGGACAGCGUCAGCACGCCGCAGGCGGGCUACUUCGGCCUCUUCCACUACUGCGUGGGCAGCGGCGCGCCCAGCCGGGAGCUCACCUGCGUGGGGAGCUUCUCCGACUUCGGCUCCAUCCCAUCCGGCGCCUUCCAGGCGGCCGCCGUGUUCGUGCUGCUGUCCAUGGUGCUGAUCCUCAGCUGCAUCGCCUGCAUGGCGCUCUUCUUCUUCUGCAACACCUCCACCGUCUACAAGACCUGCGCCUGGAUGCAGCUGCUGUGCGAGCUGGAGUCUGAUUCCUCCGUGUGGGGUCUGGUUCUGCUGAGAGUCAAAGCGCGGGGAGGGAUGUCGAUGGUGACUCCUGACAUCUUCCCUGUAUCCACACGACGUGUACUUGGAAACGAAAGCACAGCAUAA